GCCGCCUCGUUCAUUCAUCUCCAAAGUCUCAACCACGCCGUCUCUCGGCCUCUCCCCCCGUACCAUCUGUUCAUCUCUCCUCAACCCCGCUCCGCCUUGCCUCGGUGGGGCCCUCCCGAACUUGCGCAACGAGAUGCUCCACUCACGGCGGAAUCUGUACCGUAGCUCCCGAUCUGCUUACGAAUCCUUCCUGAUGGCAAGGAAUAUUGCAGUGCAUGGCCGUAUGAAGCCGAUUGGGCCCAACCAGCUCCCGUAUGGCAAUGCAUUUUUCUGCACCUCCGGUAAUCCUCUGGGCGAACAAGUUGGCAUCACCAAAGGGAAGGAUAGAGCAGAAGCGAGUAGGGAGACCAAAAAGCUCAAUGUGCCAUCAGCCUUCAUCUUUACAAAUAGUAGCCAUCGCGAUGGGUCUAUAUACAAAAACUCGUGUCUCGACGUAUUUUGCGUUAAAAAACGUGGUGAGACACAAUUGGAGCCAAUGCGGAUAUCAGACCCUGCUAAUUGCUUUCCUGACCAGAAAAGGUGUCGUGUGCAUUUUGAAUGUGACAUGAUGCAAUUUUUCUCAUUAAAAUUGGCUAAAGUUCCUAUGAACGCAAGUUCGGUACAAUUGUAUGGAUAUAUAGCAGCACGGGAUUAUUUGGAUUUAUCGCUUAAUUAUAUUGUCAAUCAUAGCAGGGACAAUCCCCUUAUGGUGCGACAGGGUUCUCUCAUUGAGAUGACUGGCCCUAAGAGAGGCAUCACAAUGACCAGCCCUGUUCUAGUUGAGUAUGACAUGAGGAUCAAGGAAGGGGAGCAAGAAGAAUAUGAUCUACAAUUAAUUGAUGGUGCAACAGACUUCUGCGAAGUAACCACACCUUCUCAUCCAUUCACGAGUCAGAUUAAUGGCGAUUGUGGUGCAGUUGACAUCACUUUAGCACACGUCGUCAAUGCAGUGGAGGCCACAAUAGAUGUUAUUGUAUCAGAAGUGCGGAGUGGAUUCAAUUUAUCUCUCGGUUCGUAUGUGUUUGUAGGUGGGUCAUAUCAAGGAAUCGAGCUCCUGCGUGAUAUUAUUGGUGAGUCAUGUGUCAUAACAAGAAGAUAUGUGAUUGCCGUAGAGAUGGAUAGUUGGAUGCACUUGAAGCUCAUGGUAGGCCGGGAAGGUUCAAAAUACGAUGAUUUGGAACGUCAUUGUCGCUUCAAAGCAAACCUCCAUGGAUAUGCACAUCGACAAAUACUGCUUGAGCAUGCCUCUAUCUCGCUAAAGGUGACUUGGUCGGCUAUGCCAUGAAGUUGUCUUGUUUCAAAUUCGAAUUUUUGUUUCAUUAUUUGAUCUUGAGUACAUAUCUACUUGGCACUAGAUGGAUGUCUACUUACUAUCUCUACUUGCAUAUGCAUCAUCGAUGUACCUAUUUUGGCAAUGUCCGAUUACUAAGGCGAUUUGGCGUUGGGUAGAACGCUGGGCAGGUUGUGAAACUCUGAAUCCACAAUCUAGGGCCACUGUGUGUAGUGCAACAAGUAUGGGAUGCGAUCCUCACAUCGACCCUGGUGCCGCACAUCCUGAC